AUGCACGGCGGCGAGGAUCUGAGUAGCUUGGUGAAAUUCAAAGAUGAAAGCAACAGGAUCUUGGAAAGUGGUAAAUUUCUCGUCCACAAAUGGGAAAGUAAUGUCGAGUCCAUAGAAAGCAAUGGCAUGCCAAACCCUACAACAUUCUUGGGACAUAUGUGGGAAAAACGAGAGGAAACCCUUGAGAUAACAGUUCCUGAUUACCCAGAAGAUGAACCAGUGACCAAACGAAGCAUCCUUAGUCAUUUGGGAAGCAUAUAUGAUCAACUUGGUAUAAUCUCUCCGACCCUAGCUGAGGGAAAACGAAUCUAUCGCAAUGUAUGUGACGAGAAGAAAG